AUGCUGUCGAGACUGCUACCCGUGUCACCAUCCUCCACUACACUACUACUUGGUUCUGGUUCUAAGCUUGCCAGAUGCCUAGGCCCUGCUUUGUCCCGUUGUUUUUCGGCUCAGCCGGGUGCUGCUGUUGCCAAGACUGAGGGGAAAAGUACCAUCCAAGGAACCUCUUACAAUGUGGUGAAGUUUCAACAAGAAGAUGUGAGCGAAGUUGUGAAAGAAGUGCCGCAUUUCCAAUUUUACUACAUUGGUGGCGAACACAAGGAUAACAAGUACAGGGAUGUUCCCCUUGAUAUUCCCGUGCUCACCGAGGCUCCUGUGAGUCCUCCUCAGCUCAAGAAGCCCGAGAUGAAGUUCUCCGUCCUCGAAAACGGCAUGCGUAUCGUCUCUGUAGACAAACAAGGGCUAACUUCCAACCUUGGACUUUUCGUGCAUGCCGGUUCUCGCUUCGAAACUCCGGCUGAAGAAGGUCUCUCCCAUAUGGUUGAGUGCGUGGCAUUCAGGUCUACCGCCCAUCUGUCGCAUCUGAGAACUAUCAAGACUAUUGAGGUCCUUGGUAUGAACGGUGGCUGCCAGGCGGGUCGUGAACAUAUCAUGUACAACUUGGAGCUCUUGAGAGAGUACAUGCCAGUGGCGAGUACACUCGUGGUUGGAAAUGUGCUCUUUCCUCGACUACUGCCCUGGGAGGUAAACGCAUGCCAUAAAGAGAUCAAAAAGGCACAUGAGAGACUGAAGGCUGAUACUGAUCAGUAUGUGUCGGAGUUGCUGCAUCAAACGGCAUAUCACAACAACACUCUUGGGAAUGCCUUGCUGGCUAACGAGGGGAGGGCUCUCGAGCAUUUCACCGGCGAUAACAUCAGGGAGUUUAUGAUGAAGCAUUUCUCAGCGGAGCGAAGCGUCUUUGUUGGCAUUAACGUUGACCAUGAUGAGCUCUGCAAGUGGCUGAUGAGAAGUUUCGCCGAAUAUGUUGCUAUCCCCAAUCUCCCUCGAGAGGAGGCCAAGCCUGUCUACACUGGUGGAUACAAAUUGGAAGAAAAUGCCGACAUGCCUGUAUGCAACAUUGCUAUUGGUUUCGAGACCGAGGGAUGGAAUUCGGCAGAUCUAGUGCCCGUGACGGUGCUUCAAACACUCCUUGGUGGCGGCGGAUCCUUCUCUACGGGGGGCCCGGGAAAAGGAAUGCACUCGAGACUUUACCUGAAUGUGUUGAAUCAGAAUCCUAACGUGGAGAGUUGCAUGGCAUUCAAUACUCAAUACUCAGAUUCGGGGCUGUUCGGAAUGUAUAUCACCGGGUUCGGCCAGGAGGCUCCGAGGUUGGUAGAUAUUGCUCUCAACGAGUUGCGUAAAUUGGACUCGUUUACACCGGAUGAAGUUAGUAGAGCGAAAAACACGCUGAAGGGAAAUAUAUUUAUGAACGCUGAGAAUUCAAAAGUGUUGAUGGAAGAUAUAGGGAGACAGAUUAUUAUGAGUGGAAAAGUGGUGACACCGGAGGAAUUCGCCACUCGAGUGGAUGCUGUGACCGAAGCUGAUCUGAAGAAAGUCGCUGCUAAGUUGCUAAGGAAAAACCCUACCUAUGUUGUGUACGGUGACACUAAGUCGGCCCCGCAUUAUGAGUAUGUGAGAACGGCGUUGGCGAGCUUGUCAGCGGCUAAGGGGAAAUAA